UAUAUUUGACGUUAUCUGUCCAAAUAUAUAUUAUGGAGAAAAUAGGAAGCUUAUUUUCCGUCCAAUAUUUCCUCUCCAACUCUAUUGUCAAAUAUAUUGGAGACAAAUAAUUGACAGUAUGACAGGGCCUUAAACAAUUGAAAAUUUCAAUUUGAAAUUAUGUUUGUUUACUUUUGACAUGAUGACAGAAAAGUAUUUUACUAUUGUGCAGGUAGUGUUCGUAUGUUAAUGUUUAGUGGUGAUGUUUCUCAUUUCUCUAUUGGUAAAUGAAUUAAAUGUACAGGUUAACGAAUAAAUAUACAUUUUAAUUAAAAUUAUGGCUUCAAGCCUACCUUAUUGUAUACUUCGUGUGCUUUUCUUGCCACUUGAUAUUGCGAGUUGCCGAAAUGAUACCUAGUGGACGUAUGUAGCUGUACCGCUAAUGUGAUCGAGAAUGAUAAAUAAUGAAGAGUGGCCUUUUUGGGUUGUGUCAUUUGGAGCACUGUUUCCAUUUGUUGCACUGCUAGCAGCGUGCGUUUGUUGCAGAAAGAGAACUCCAAAGAAUGAGUUGUUGGGGCUGGCUGGCAUGGUGACCAUCACCAACCCGGAGGAGAAUGCAGACCAGAACCACCAGCAGAGCGACGGGCUGCGGUCCUCUGAGUGGGUGGACGGCUCUCAUGCCGAGGCAGCUCAGCCAAACAAGAGGUCAACAACAACGGCCAACAGAAGUCUCCCAGACAUCCCGGUGUAUUCGGACCGUCUUCGCGUCGAAGAUGGUUCCACGCUCUGGGAGAACGAGGUGAAUGGGGACACCAGCUCCGAGUUGUACGCAACUGUGGAAGAGAACAAACGUGUCACAGAAUCUCUUAUCCACAAUAAUGUGCAGGCAACUCCCAGCGUGGCACAGAAGCGUGACAUGUUCAGAGAAGAGCAGAAAAGUAGCGAACAAAGCUCCCUGAGUCAGACAGACGACAAUUUCUCCCCGUACUCGCAGCUCAAGUCGGAGCACCCCUACGACCGCUUGAGGAAAAAUGAACACCCAUAUGCCCAGGUGGGGAGCAGUGGCCAAUCAGAGAGCAAGACAUCUUUCAGGGCGGGCGCUGCGUCGGGAGAAGCUGGCUCCAGCUCGUCGGACGUGACGCUGAGGAGCGCGCGCCCGGUGUCUGAGCCCUCGGAGCCGGUCGCCCCACCCAGGGCCAGGCGAGCCGCUUCCCAGGGCUCCCCUUCGCCCGACGGCGAGGGCCCCGUGGCGAGCAUCCCUGCGGCGACCGCCAUCGCGGGGAGGGUGUCGGCCAACCAGGAGCUGCCGUACAUGACUCCGCCCAUCGCGGACCAGCAGGCUCACUUCAGCGGCGACUCCCAGGACUCCAAGGGAUACACGAGUAUCAGCGUGCGAGAACCACUCGCAAACAUAAAGGCUCAGACCCAAGCGCCCAGGGGACGGCAGCCAUCACGAGAGCGAGCGGAUCCUCACUACGCUACUGUUUCAGAUGAUUCCGACGAGAUGUACGCGGCGAUCGAGGACCCGAACCAGCUGGUGUACACGAGUGGCAGCGAGACCUACGCGCAGAUCCAGCCCGUGGCGAGGCUGCCGGCAGCGUCGGCAGUUGUGCCCGAGGACGCCCAGUACUCCGCCCCGCAGCCCCCGAGCGUGGACAGCCUCAAGCACGUGGCCCAGGUGCACUCUCGCCAAGCAUCGUCAUCAAGUGCCACGAGCUCUGUGGCGAACAUAGGCUCACCAAAGCCGGAGAAGCGGCAGGCCAACUCUCCGUUGCCUCCGCCCCCGGCCGGUAGCCCCGAGCUCCACGGAGGCUCCGACCGCAGGAGCGACGGUCGCCUGGACGUCGCGUUGGCCAAGAACUUGGAGGAGAUGUACGCGAAGGUGAUGAAGAAGAAGCGGGGAGCGGUGUCGGAAGGAGAGCCGAUCGACAUCGAGGGCCCUGCCUGCGGUCUGCCCCGCCAAGAGAGGCGGUCCGUGGACUCCGCGGACCACAAGGGGGACAGCGUGAGCUGCGCGUCGAUGGACAGCCGCGACUCGGAAUACCGGUCGCUGCAGGAUGCGCAGCUGGCGGACACGGACUCCACCAGCAGCUCGGACCACAACCUGUCCCAGGAGUCCCGCCCGGUGUUCGAGCUGAACGUGCCUCACGACGGGCCGAGUGUUUCCGGCCAUGAGGCGUUCGUGGAGCCCGGCUACGAAAGCCUGGGCCAGCCUCACAGCAUCCUGUACAGCGACCCGGGCUACGAGCGGGUGUGUCGCCAGCCGUCGGACUGCGACCCCAACUACGAGGAGCUGCGCCCCCGUGCCGGCCGCGACGAGCCCGGCUACGUCAGCAUCUCCGAGCAGAACCUCAGCCUCGCCGACUCCAGCCACCCUGCCCCGGCGGGCGCCGAAUUUUACGAUUGCCUCGGUACGUCGCUCUUUCCCGGCUACGAGAGAGUUCGUCCUCGUUCCGACAUCGAGGUGGAACCGGACUACGCGAGCCUGGGGAGGAAGAGGUAUUCCUGCCCCUUCAAAAGCAGCAAUGACGAUGGUAAUGAUUCCGGGGAUCCGAACUACGAAAGUGUGUCAAACGAGAUGCAGGACCCGAACUACAAAAUGCUCAAUCACGAAGACCCCAACUACGAGAGCGUGAACUACAGUGUCAACGUGGCAGCUGGUGAACCGCCGUACGAAAGACUGAAUAAUGAACCGAGGGACUCCGAUAUGGAAACUACGGCUUCAGAUUAUGAGAGAAUGCACACGAGUCCUGCAGAUGUUGCACAGGAGCCGAGGUCUGGGAAGCCGGAGACUCGAGAUGCAGACUUCGCGGAGUGCACUAAACCCGUCUCUGAGCCUGGGUAUGAAGUAGUGGGCAAAGUCAAGCAAGAGGUUUGGAAGAAAACUGGUUUUCUUAGGAGUGAGUUAGCACACCAAAAGUUUUGGCCUCUAAUUGCGGGUUAAUUACUGCUUCAGGAAAAAUGUUUACUUCUUAUUAGUUAUUGGUAAUUGUUUUGCCAAUGUUUGAUUUUACACUUUAGGAUUUUAAGUAAUGAAUAAAUUAACAAUUGUUGUGUUCUCCAUCAUUGACAAGCUAAAUAACAAUCUCGGAAAUGCCAUUUUAAACUCUAAAUUAACCAUUUGCAUUAUUAAGUUAGGGUUAUAAAUUGUUUUGUAGAUUAGGGUCAGAAUUUAUAGAGUUUGUAUUUUUCCUGAUAUGUGAGCACUAAUUCACAUUUCUUAAUAACUAAUAGGGGUUAGAAGCUUAGCAAAAGUCGAAGUCGAAUCGAAGCUUGCAGAUUUCGAUUAAAAGUUAAAACCAAGAAUUUUCUUUGAAGAAAUCAUCAAUGACUUGGCUUUUGGCUUCAUUCAACACUGGCAUAAUGAUGAUAGACGUAAAUAAGUAUUUUAUUUAUUGUAGUAAAAUAGAGUUCAGAGUCAUAUUUUAAUUUUUAGCUUCAAAAGCAAACAUAUUUCAUGAAGGUUUGAAAAAGUGACAUGAUUUAUGAAUUAACAAAACCAGCACGUUUGCAUAAUUUUUUUUUUGAGCACUGAGAAAUCUAUUAAUAAGUAUUAACAGAAAGAUUUGUUUUAUCCCACACACAUUAGAGCAAUACAACAAUUACUUAUAGUUAAGCAUGUGCAAAUAUUCAAAUUUUUGAAUACGAAUAAUAAACUACUUGUAUUCGAUUCGACCUUGAAUACUAUGUGAAGGUAGAAACUAGAGUUUGGGCAAGAUAGCGAUAUACUUUAGGAAUGUAUUUUAUCUAUGCACUAUAAAUUUUAGUUGUUAUUUAGUAGCCAGUGAAAGUGUUCAUUACAAAACAUACAUUUAUAAUAUUUUGUAAUAUAUUUAAAUUUAAUAUUGAUGCAUGUUCAGCAACAAUUGUAUUUAUUUUAUUUUAUUUACUAUUAUUACAUUAUCGGUAAAUGUUAAUAUUCAGCUGUUUAAAUGUAAUCAAAAUUAUUAUUUUAAUUGUAAUUGAGUAUUUAUGGAGAUGAUUCAAAACAGUAACUGAGAUGCUGAUUGGUCAGUUAGUCAUGUAAUUCAUUACUGCUUUGAUUGUAUUUUGUUUAUGAAAUUCAUCAAUAGGCUUUUUGAUAGUGGAAAUUUUUGAUUGGAAUAAGGUGUCUAGUUAGAGACACGAUAGGAAUAAGACGUUUUGAGUGUGAGUUCCUGAUAUUUCAAUCAUCAACGUGCGAAUAUUAAUUGAAAUUGUCUAUUUCGUUAAUGAAAGACUACUACGAAAUGUUGAGAUAUGGUUAUUCAAAUAUGGCAACAAAGAAAUAAUAUUUUUUAUGAAUUUUAAUUCUUUGAUGAUCAUCAGAAGCGUCUAAGUCAUCAAGAAUGAUUCCUAUCAUCGUCGAUAAAAUAUUUAAUUGAAGAAUAAUAUUAUACAAUGUAUACUGAAUCCAGAUUAUGCAGAAGAAGUAAUUCAUAUAAAAUCAUUCCGCAACAGACGUACAGCUUAAGAAGAAGUGAAGACAAAUUGAUACUGAACUAAUGCAAAUGGUAUUUCAAGAAGAGGCCCAAAAGCAACUUGGCUAGGAAGUUCACGAACAUGAUGGCCCAGCUGAUCGUAGAUGAGCCAGCGUAGUUCAGGUGCAGUUACAGUAUAGCUUUAUUGGUGCUCAAGCCAAUGUAGUAGUAUAACUAUACAUCAGAUGAACAAUGUAUUUAGUACAAGAUGAAAUUAUGAUUGCACUUGAAAACUUGCAAUUAGCAGUAAUACAGUUUUGAAUCAUCAAUUUUUUUUUUUGUUUUUAAAAAUUUAAUUGACUGUCAUAUGUUGUUUUUCAAUAUCUAUACCUUAGAAUCAAUCGGUGGUGAACACAUAACUCCACAUACUAAUACGAGCUUAAAGUUAUUUACUUGCUUUAAAUAUAAUUAAAGUACUCAUUUUGCUUCAUUUAUAGUUUACUUGUUGUUUAACCUAGUGGUCCAGCUCACUACAAAUAAAAUUAAUUCUAUCGAUUUGAGUAAAUACAUGAUAGUAAAUAUGCCAUUUAGUAGGAUGGUUGUGUUCAUUUUGCAGACUUAUUCUCUAAUUCUAAUGGUACAAUGCAGAAAUUCUUUCAGCACCGGAAACAAAAUUUAUAGUUUUAAAUUAAAGUAUUUCUUCAUUAGUAUGUUUAAAGAAAAGCACACCAGGCUACAGCUCUGAAGGUCACCAGUUAAAUAAAUUAUGGUUUAGUUAAGAUGUAGGCAUAUUUAUUGAAAGGCAAGGGUUUAUGGUUCGCCAGAACGCAACCUCAAAUCAUGUUUGCCCAUAACCAGUGACAUGUGGGUUAUAUCAAUGGUUAGCUAAUUGCUGUGAUGCUUUGCAGUAUGUGAGGGCUGAAGUGGCUUCGAGAUGCGCUGGCAUGCCCGAGAAGACAGUUCCAAAGCGACUAUGCCCGGAAGCAGUUUUGCGAUAAUGCCAACUGGCCAACUGUUUUAUUUCAGUUUUGACAUACACAUGCGCACUUGUAUUUUCAUGUGCUCUGUUGUAAAUAUUACACCUUGUAUUUGAAGAAAAUUUAUCCCUAUUUCAAUUAGCAGCCGGUUAAGCUCAUUCACGUGCCGAAGCAGAGUUCCAGAGCUGAUGGUGAGAAAAUGCAAGGGUUGAGUUUGCUCCGUCUUGAGGCACGUACCUUAAUUUGGUCUUGCUAUAACUGUGACGAGUUAUUUGAUCUUUUCAACGUAAACGUUUCUUCAGUGGAUAUCCUGUAUAAAAAUACUUUGGACUUCAAUAAGGUGGGAUGUUGAACGUUUUAAAAGUUUAUUUCUAUUAUUAUGCACUAGACACAAUUAUUAGUCGUAAGAUCAUUAUGUAAUGUAGUGUUGCAGGGUUUAUGCAGGCUCCAAGGGUUUUUUUAUAAUGUGUUCAGUACGAACCAUCCAUAUUUUUGUGAAUAAGCCUUUCACAAGAUAUUUAGUUGAAUGUUUGUUCAGCGAAUAUGGUGCAGACUAACUCGAUACUCGACAAUACUGCGUUGAAAUGCUGCGUACCAUUAGGGGUGUUACUGUUCCUGUCACUCCGGCCACUCCAGGGUGUCAGAGCUGUGGCUUAUCAAACGAUGGAUGGAGAUCACGCGGGCUGCCAACAAAGUUUGUAAUAUUGUGCGAUUGUGAGAAAAUUUACUUCUUGGUCACUGACAUUCAGUUGCUAAAUAAUAUUUAAAGAAGAUGAAAUUAUUUAUUGUUCUGAGAGAAUAAAAUAUAAUACUAAGGAAAGUUGCAUAUGAGACUGGUGGGAAAAAUAUUUAAGUACUAGUAGUACAUAGUUGUACAGCUUUUUGAGGGCAAAACCAAACUAUUUGAGAAUUGAAAACAGACUCUGUGUGUUAAUGAAAGACUGCAGUUAUAGUGUGUAGUUUGAACAGAAACGUAUUAAAAGCCGUAGCUUUGGCUAAGUUACAGCUACAGGAAGAGUUAUGAAAAUUUUAUUGUGCGACUUAUUCUAAACGAUAAGUAUUUUAGUCUCUGAAUGUAAUUCAUGGGCAUGUGGAAUACAGAAGGUGCUCAGUGCCAACACAUGAUCUUGAUAGUUGUGCACGAGGUAGCACACGUGUCGGCAGAGCUGCGUACUCGCGUGUUCGGGUAACGGCAGUUGUUGUCCUGGCAACGACGCAGGAGAGGAAGGCCAAAAGACUAGGCUUCAUCUUGUGCUUCCUUGCACCGUCUGGCUGGUCUUGAACCCACUUGCUGUAUUGCAGUUGUGAGACAUGUAGACCCUGCAAUCUGCUAGGAAUGUUAGUGGCUUUUCCUCAACAAGUGUGCAGAAAGAAAUUCUGCAGCUGUUUUUAAAUAUGCACUUUUUUUUUAAAGAGUUAGUUUGGCAUGAAUUUUGGUUAACAACGAUACAUAAACACAAACACUGUAGCUUUGUCAUAUGCAGAAGCACUGAAUAAUAAAUAUUACCAUUUUGACAUAUCCACUUUUUCCAGAAAGGCAUAUUUCAGUUGUUACGUGUAAUUCAGAUAGAGUUAGCCACCGCACUGUCGAGAAACCUUGUGAAGAGUCAAGAACAGUUUCUGCUGCAAGCCACUCCAGUCAUACCAUUUCAACAUUGUCUAUGCAGAAAAGUGGAAUUUUAAGUUACACCUCGGAUUGUAUAUCGAGAAUAGAAUUGCAGUACUAGAGUGCUCCACUUUGUGUUUGUAAUUUCUUAGCUUUGGAGUGUACAUGCAAAUGUAAAUAACUGGAAAAAGUGGCCUUUAAUUUUUUAAUUGUUUGCAACUGUUAAUCUGCAAUAGAAAUAUAAUUUUGAACUGUUGCCUGCAUGUUGUAUGAAAUGUUAAUGAUGAUGUUUUAUGGACCAUGGUACUUUAAAAUAGUAGCUUUUUUGUCACUAAAGUGCCAUGGCUUAAAAGUUUUCUAUGAAUUACACUGUCUGUUCUGUUGGAAUGAGUACUUUUAUACUAUGGAAACAUGAUAUGUGGCAUUUAGAAUAAAUCUGCGUAAGUAUUAAAAUGUAAUAAUAAUAUUGGGCAUGUGUAAUGUACCUAAUAUUAGGAUAUUUUGUAAGUAUUUUACUAUAAAAAUGUACAGUUCAAUAUUUUUUGAAUGUGUGUUUGUUGGUGUAUCAGAUGAUGUGCAGAUAUGUAUGUUUUAAUAAUGGUUUGUUUCCUGUUUAGAUACAUCACAUGCUGCAUAUGACUGACGAGGGUUAGCUUGAUUUGCAAGUAGGAAAGUUAACCUGUUUUCAGACAGUUCUUGGCAGCUAAAUUUGUAAUUGUAUUUGCUUUAUUCAAAAGCCAAAUAUAUUUUUUGGAAUAUAAUGCUAUUUAAAGAUUAAAACAUAAUAUCUUUUAUGUUAAUUUUGGCCUAAACUAAAUUUGUACCAUUUGUUCACAUAUGAUAAAAAAAAGUAAAUUUUUUUUUUUCAUAGCUUAGAAUAUUAGCUUAUUUUUGUAGUGCAUAAUACCAAAGAUUAAUCUUAAACCCUACUUUGCAAGAUGAAAUAUUCUCGUCAUUUUUUUGUUUGAGUUUUACUUUCAUGAAAUGUUGAAUUUUUUUAUGAAGCAUGUAAUGUUUAAAUUAAAUGGGCAGAAUGAUAUUUGGCUUCAGCAAAUACAUUAGCUGCCUAAUUAUAUAAUAAGUGAUGUGAUGAUUUAUGUUGUCCUGACAGCUCACAAAUCAGUUAAAACUCUUGUAGGAGUUAGUGUGAUUGUACCUCAUACUCCCUCUCUUAUAUGGACAAUACACACAAGACACAACCACUUAGCUUGCUAUGGAACUAACUAUCCUUUAUGAGCACAGCUGUUGUUUGAAUGCUACUUACAGUAAUGUAAGUGAACAAUGACAUUUUCUAUGAAAAUAACAUUUAUUUGAACUGAGUAUGUAUAUUUAAUGCAUUAGCUGUAACUACACAUGCACCAAAUCACAACAUUCAUUAUUCACUUGUUUGAGAACAUAUAACUUGUGAAUGAGAAAUGAUGAUGUCAUUUUAACAAUGGUUAAAAGAUAAAUUUGUAUUGUGUGCCAAAUGUUAACAUGCAAAUUUUCAGUUUAUCAAUUGUGCAGACUUUGGCCUGUGAAAGAGAAACAUCUAGUUUAUCGUAGCACGUAAACAAUAAAAAUAAUAGAUGUUUGUAAUGAUAAAUUAAUGAAUUUUGACCGGUCUAUUUCAGAUGAUGCAUUAUAAAUUUGGCACUUAAGUACAAAUCAGCACUAAACCAAGAGCGUUACGCAGAAGGGCAAAGCCGGCACAGGCUGUCUCCCGGGAUAUCGUGCAUGCUGCCUGCAGCAAUGACAGUACAGUGCACUCCCGAUUAUCCGCCAAAUUAAGUGGCAGGGCCACCGCGGAUAGUGAAAAUCGCGGAUAAUCCGUAAAAGAGCCGAAAAUGGGAAACAAAAAUGGAAACAUUAAUUUCAACUUAAAAACCUAAACAUUUAUGUACAGUAAAAGUUACAAUUAACAGUAAAAAUUUUAAAUGAUGCUAACAUUGUAAUAUUUUACUGAAUAAUUAUCAUAAAAUACAUUUCAGUAAUGUAAACAUAAAAGUGCUUAACGAUACGACUAGAAACAAAGUGCGACAGAGACAAAAAUAGCAACGCAUGCCAGCCUACUGCAAGAGUUCCGAGAAGGCCUGUGGCGUUUUACUGUAUACAGCACGCAAUACAUUCGUCAGUAGAGUUCAAAUUUACUCACUUGUAAUAAAAUACAGAUUUACAUAUGUUAUGUAUUAUUUCGUAGCAUGCGCGGAUAAUAGGGAGUUUACUGUAGUUAGUUCUAGCUCAUCUGCUAGCAACAAAAUCAAAGGCGCACACGGUACACUCUAGUGCCAUUAAAUGUAACUUCAAGCGGUUUUCGGGAAUCCUGUGUGAACAUGGGCAGCCAGGGCAGUUCAGUUACUUCAUUCAUUAUUGGCAGCACUGCUAGUCUUUCGUAUCUUGAACUCUACACUCAGCGCUCACUAACAACUAGCUUUCUUCUAAAUUAACCCAUGACAGCAUGAAACAGCAAGUGGUAUUUAAAACAAGUUACGAAUUUGCUCAGGAGAAACAGUAUUAUGCAUUUAUAGUUUGACAGAAACAGCUUGUUUCAUGUAGGUAAGACGAACAUUGAGUGAAAUAUUGCUGUUAUGUACAGAAUGUCAUUGUUAUAUUGCCUUUUGUGUACUAAAAAUGUUUGCUUUGUAUGAAGUAUGUAGUAUUUAUCAACUAAAUAAAGGAAGAGUUUUUCAACAAUCAUGUAGUUGUCUGUAAAGGCAGUACAUCACAUAUCUUUUUAUAUUAAUCUUUUAAUAGUGCUCGUUUGAAAUAUUUUGUAUUGUGUGUAAACAUAACUGUUCAUCACGAUGAUUAAGAGGGUGAUAUAAACUAAGACGAAAUUUUUGCAAUACAAGUGUUGUUUAACAGUGUGUGCUUUUGUUAUAGACGUAUUUAUUUUUAUAAAUAAAAUGUAUUUAUUUAUUGUUAAAGUUAUCUUUUUAAUAUACAUUUUGUACUAAUAAAACUGAAAAAAUUUUAAUUAUGUUUUACUAUUUACGAGCAAUUAAUUUUCUUGUACACAAUUUUUGUAAAUAAGGAUUUGCAAUUUUUUAUGUCACUUAAGUGGUGCCUACGAUUGGGUUACUGUAUAAUACGUACUAAUUUUAUUUCUAUAUUAUUUGUGCCAAUUUUUGUACAUUUAUGUUUUUUUUUCUCAAAUAAUAUGAU